AUGGAACUUGUAGACGAUGAAGAUAUGGAGACAAUGGUCGCUCUUUACUGCCAUAGCAACCAAAAUGCACCGAUUCACUUAUUUGCUGAGUUAGCUGUUGUGGAGUCAACAGAAGAUCCAACUCCAUUAGGUGAAGAAGAUAGACCUCAAGAGCCGUGUAUGGUGGUUCCGAUAUCAUACGUUGGUAGUCAAUCAACUACACAUAGGAUCGACAUUGAUCUUAAUGCAACACCCGAGAUUGAUGUGGGUGAUGAUGAUGUAUACCGAAGUAGUGAUCCUUCUGAUUAUGAAGUCGAUAUUGAUAGUGAUCCCGACAUGGAUGAUGUCCCAAAUGAUAUUGACGAUGAAGGCGUGAAUGAGGAUGGAAACAUUAAUGCGUCUUUAGUCAGGAACCAGAUCCAUCGUAUUGUGAUACACAAUAAUCCUGAGGCACACAUAUCUCAGAUAGACCCCGAUUCAACACAUGCAGCCGAGUUCCCGGAGUACCCUGAGAUACUACCCGCUCACCAGAUGGCCAUAUAUUCUGAUCCUGAGGAGUUGUUCGUGGGCCAGAGAUUCAAAAGUAAGGAAGAGUGCCUAUUUGCCAUUAAGCGGUAUAGUAUAAAUAUAUCAGUGGACUACAAAGUCGUCGAGUCUAAACUGACAUUAUAUAUUGGAGAGUGUUGGAAGUCGGCAGAAGGCUGCAAUUGGAGGAUACGAGCUGCAUUUAUCCAGAAGUCUCAGAUGUGGGAGAUACAAAAAUUUGUUGGGCCUCACACAUGUACUUCAACACGAAUGACAGAAGAUCAUCAAAAACUUGAUUCGAAAACUAUUUGUACAUGCAUCAUGCCAAUGGUUGAAGACAUGCCGACCAUUAAAGUUUCGAUAUUAAUUGCCGAAAUGCAGGCACGAUUCCAGUAUCGAGUAUCAUACCGAAAGGCAUGGAUAGCUAAACAGAUGGCAAUGGAGCAAUUGUACGGAAAUUUCGAUGCAUCGUCCAAUGAGUUAUAG